AUGGAAAUGGACAACAGAUACAGAGUUGAUGCUACGGCUAUCGCGUCAUCAAAUCCUGAUACCGGAGAAGAUAUUGAGAAUGCGCUAUUAGAAAUUCAACCGGAAAAUUCAACUUUAACAGAAAUACCUAGGAACUGUCGAUCAGACGUAACCACAGAAUACAGCUCGGUAGAUCAUGGGUGGGCGUGGGUAGUUCUGUUCGGAGGAUUCUUUAUAUCCUUUUUUGUAGUUGGAGGUCAAAAGUCGUUUGGUAUUCUGUACGUUGAGCUGUCUGAGAAGUUUCAUGUCUCCAACAAAGCUUUAUCCUUAACGCAGUCUUUGGCAGGAUUCUUACUGCAGUUUCUUGGUCCUAUUAGCGCUGCUUUAAGUAGACGAUAUUCGUAUCAAACCCUGAUAUGUUUUGGUGGACUGAUGGCUGGUGGAGGUCUAGUAUUAUCCUCGUUUGCAACCUCGUAUGAGGUUCUUUAUUUCACAUAUGGCAUUAUUACAGGUAUCGGGUACGGAAUGGCCUUUUCGCCAUCUGUUGUAAUGAUUGCUGAUUACUUCAACAAAUACAGGUCAACCGCCUCUGGGAUUUCACUCGCCGGAGGAGGAUUGGGCGGAAUGGUCUUUCCCUACCUCAUCAGAUAUCUACUGACGGAAUACGGGCUGCAUGGAGCUCUGCUUGUUUAUGGUGGUAUUAUGUGGAACAUCUGUGUCUGUGGCCUCCUCAUCCGACCGUUACAAGAUUAUACGUCAAAAAGCAAAUCGCACAAAGAAUCGACUACCAGAAAACGAAAAAUAACCUCUUACGUCAAUACAAUAUGUGAAAAGAUCACAAAAUUUACUAUGCAUGUAUUACUUUUAAUAAGAGAAUUAGAAUGGAAUCUCUUUAAGCAACUGAAUUGCAUUCUACUAUUUGUCGCAGUGUUUUUUGCAAUGUUUGGAUAUAACAGUCUGUUUAAUAUUGUUCCUCCAUUCAUUCAUGAGAUUGGCUUGUCGACAGAAGACGGAGCAUUUGUACUUUUUAUUUUUGGACUUACAGAUCUCAUUGGUAGAAUACUGUUCGGAUAUACAAUGGAUGUAUUUCCGAAACACCGCCAUGAGUUGUUUGCCACAACGAUUUUGUUGUUCGGUUCGGGAAUCGUCUGUACUUCGUUACUGCGAAGAAAACUUGAACUAUGUGUUUUGAUGGGAUGUUAUGGUCUGUUCGCUGGUGGAUACAAUGGCACUCUGAUGAUCAUGGCCGUGGAGUACGUUGACCUUGAACGUUUACCUAGUACCUGGGGCUUCAUCUGCUGGUCAGCAGCUGUUGCGUUUUUGCUAAAUCCACUUGCAACAGGCGCCAUCAGAGACAGCACGGGUACCUGGACUCACGCAUUCCAAUUGUGUGGAGCAAUGUCAUUGACUGCUGUUUUAAUUUUGAUUUUUAUAUUUCUAAAAAAGGCUAAGGAAAGCAGAAGUGAAGAACUCUGCUGA